AUGAGGCAGAGAAUAGGUGCGCACCACCUGUCCUGUUAUUCCCGACCGGCCCUUCCUGCUGCUGAGUCUGACUGGAGACCCUCCCCUGUGGAAUGGUCUCCAAAGACCCCCGGCCUCCUCGGCUGAGAUUUGAGGGGGAGAAGGCGGCGGACAUCCAGUAAGGGUGUCUGGACAUUCAUCGGAACAUUCUUGUGAUGUUACAUGAAAGCUCCUCAGAAAUGGUACAGAAGGACGUGGGCAAAGGCUGUCACUGGACCCCGCUGAGGAUUCUGGGACUGACUGUCUGUAUAUUUGUCGCAUUGGCUGGAAUCGGAGUCACAGUCUGGGCAGUAGUGACGUAUGUUUUGAGGAAUGAAAACGGCAAUCUAUAUAUAGUCCAGGUCAACUCUCCAGAUCAUCGGCUCACAGUGUACGAUGAGCAAGAAAAGCUGUGGCGUCUGGUCUGCUCAUCUGUAGCCAAUGGGGCAGUGGCAACUCUAAGCUGUGAAGAAAUGGGCUUCAUCAGGUCUAUGAGCCACCAGGUGCUCAGAGUGGAGGCAGCAGGAACAAAUGGCAGCUCAGGGUAUUUUUGUGUACAGGAAUCCCAGUUAAGCAGCACUAAAAGGCUUACAGACAUAUUGUACGUGUGUGAAUGUCCGAGUGGCCGGUUUCUCUCCGUUCAGUGCCAAGACUGUGGGCGCAGGAAGAUGGCUGUGGAUAGGAUUGUUGGGGGGCAAGAUGCUGCUCUGGGUCGGUGGCCAUGGCAGGUCAGCCUGAGAUAUGAUGGAGCCCACUUGUGCGGAGGCUCCCUGAUAUCAAGCGAAUGGGUUUUGACAGCUGCCCACUGUUUUCCUGAGAGGAACCGGGUGAUGGGUCUCUGGAGAGUGUUUGCAGGUGGGGUGUCGCAUCUCUCACCCCGGGGUUACCUGCAGGGUGUGAAAAGUGUCAUCUACCACGUGGAGUACUUACCUUUUACAAACCCCGACAGUGAGGAGAACAGCAAUGACAUUGCACUGGUGCACCUACUUACCCCGCUCACAUUCACAGAAUACGUACAGCCUGCCUGUCUACCUGCACUGGGACAACAGAUCGUAGAUGGGAAGGUCUGCACAGUUACCGGUUGGGGCAACACUCAGUAUUACGGUCAACAGUCCGACAUCCUGCAAGAAGCAUCGGUGCCAAUAAUCAGCAGUUCAGUGUGUAACCAGCCGGACUAUUACAGCAACCAGAUCACCGGGAAGAUGUUCUGUGCCGGAUACGCAGAGGGCGGCAUUGAUGCUUGUCAGGGGGACAGUGGAGGCCCUUUUGUUUGCGAGGAUACCAUCUCACGCACUUCAAGAUGGCGGCUGUGUGGCAUUGUGAGCUGGGGGAUAGGCUGCGCUUUGCCAAACAAACCCGGUGUGUACGCCAAGGUGGAUCAAUACCAAAACUGGAUCUACAGAGCCAUGAAGAGCAAAGUGGAUGCCACUGGGAUUAUAGGGAUGCAGUGAAAUCACUGUGAGAACUGCUUUCAGGAGAGAACAUUGAGUUUGGAUUCAGUGUCUGCUACGUGACAACCAUUUUUCUGCAGUAUAAAAGGGAGCAAUAAACACAGGGACAAUGGCGGGUGUGUCAGCAGCCCCCAAGGCCGUGCUUACAAUCAUUGUCAUUUCUAUAAACUGCUAUAAUGUUACUGUGCCGGUGAAGAAGAACUCAGGAGUCUGAUGACCUUACCAGCCGUGGCAAUCAGCGGGCUGUAUCGGAAAGCACCUGUACACUUUUUCCUUUUAAUUUAAUAACAUUUUACUACUUUCAUAUUCUAAAUUGGGGGGAGAUUAAUAAAAAGUGCACAUUGUCCUUACUCCUCGGAGAAUGGGCUUAGGGGAGAAAAGUCAGACAUAAGUAGAAAUGGAUUUUAUCUCGGAGUUCUGAUACUUCCAGCAAGCGCCGCACUCGUCACACUGCCGAAUCGUGCGACCCUUUGUCGUGACUGCCGCACAGUGCGUGUGGAUCUGGCGUAUGACUAAGCAAUUUGGGGCAUGGCCACACUACUGCCUGAAAUUUUGGGAUUGGUGGAACGUGGUUCUUGCCCCGUUUGCUUUUGGAUUUCUUUAAUUAGUUAGGUCUAACGAGUCAGGGCACGAAUAGCAGUCAUAAUGAAUAUAGUUUUAUCUGUACGUCCUACUGAGUACAGACCAUACUCCAUUGUAUGAUACCGUUGAUAACUACAGUCUAGCAUGGCAUAUAUUCAGCGCCAUUUUACCAAAUAGGCACUGGCCUAAGGGCCCCACGGCUUUUAGGGGCCCCACGACAAUGGAUCAAAAUAGUAUUGAUUUGAUCUUGAAAAAAAAAAUUACAAUCACGCUUUCUUAAAUUGUUUCCAAAAGAUAAAAUCAACUCAAAGAAACAAAAACGUUUCAUUAAAGACUCUACAAUGUAGAGAAAAUACUAUAUUAAUGUAAUGUACCCAUCAACAACUACAUAAACAUACAGACAUAAACCACAGACAUCAGAUUCACAUUACAGUUCCCAGAUCGUAGACUGUUGGUUGGUAACAUUAAAAACGCUAUUAGGCGAUAGUUUGAAAGGGGGGCCCCAAGAUUUUGACUGUCUAGGGGCCCUCCACUUGGUUUAAUCCAGCACUGCAUAUAAUCACAGUUGAGUCACACUUUCUGUGGCACUACUAUGUGGAAACCAGGCCACGAAAUUGCCUAAAGCACUUUAUGGUUUUGAAAGGUAAAAAUAUCUACUCUGAUGUGAAUAUAGCAAAUAUAUGCAAAGUAAAACCUAGACAUUAUGGAAAGUUUCAAUCAGGUUAUAAGCUGCGCAGAACGGGCGCACCACAAGAUAGCAUGAAAGAGCGAUUUAUGGAGGAUAUUUUGGCUAGGGCAGUGCUUUCCAGACUUUCACCGCUCAUGGCACCCUUAGGCCAUCAACAUUUUUUUUUUCACGGCACCCCUAGACAGAGGAGAGUCGAUUUGCAGCAAUGUUCCGUUGUAACAUCACGCACUACUUCAGCAUUUCUUAUCCGCCAGCAAAAUCACGCCCGCUGUUACCCGCACCCAAUAGGUUAGCGAGCAAAACGAGUGAGGUUUUUCUAGCAUAACAACCGGCUGUGCGCGUGCAGACCUAAUCUUGCGAUAAACUGACUCUCGCCACAAACGUUUCCUAUUGCAAUACUCAGCACAUCUUUAGUUACAGUCAUGUGGUGCUGCGCAUGGUCGCGCGUCUCCAGCGCUGGUUUUGACAGUCACAUAAAACAGGAGAGGGGGAUAGAAAGGCAUGAAGAGGGAAGAAGUGGAAGAUGAGGGAAAGAAGAGAGAGGAUCAUGGAUUGGAUGUAAUGAAGUCCAAGUUGGCCAGAGGUGCGGGUUCCUGGCCGAACUCGAAUGUUUUUUUAAAGCGGCAAAUGUUUACAAGGUAAAACCGUGCCUUGUAAAUGGUUGCUACUUUGAAAAAACGUGUGAGUUCAUCUGGGAACUCGCACCAGUAGCGGAUCUUGCUACGGGCACACAGGAUUUUUGCCCAGGGCGCCGCCUUCCAGAAGGCGCCGGCGCCAUCCGGAGGGCGCUGCGCCAUGGCAAGAUCUGCUACUGUUUGUCAGUGCCCCCCGGUGCUGUGCGACGCUGUGAAGGAAACUAGACGGGUUACGCUACCCGUCUAGUUUCGCUUGGUGGAGAGGACCUUUGCUGUGCGGUGCGCGAUGAUGUCAUCGCGCACCGCACAGCAUUGUGGGACUGGCACAUAGAUGCAAGGGGUCAUAAUUGACCUCUAGUGUCUAUGCUGUGCUAUGGGAGAGACGUCAUGACGUCUCUCCCAUAGAUCCGAGGAGCGGCGCCGGCGGAGGUCAGCAGCGGGUCGGGAAUCAGGAGCGGGGAUAGUAAGUAUUAAUUUUUUUGUAAGUGGCGCUAAUGGGGGCACAACUCUCCAGGGGGCACAAAUGGGGGCACAACUCUCCAGGGGGCACAAAUGGGGCACAUAUCUACAGGGGGCACAAAUGGGGGCACAACUCUACAGGAGGCACAAAUGGGGGCACAACUCUACAUGGGACACAAAUGGGGGCACAACUCUACAGGGGAGAUAAUGGGGGCACAACUCUCCAGGGGGCACAAAUGGGGGCACAAC